AUGGAUAAAAUCAACGCAGCUCUUAAUUGCUUUCUCGAAACUCACGCCGAAACCUUCGUUCUGCAACGGCGACAAAGAUUGAUGGAAAUCGAAAAAGUAAUCAAUCCAAUAUUGUCAGAAGUGAAAAAAAUCGACGAGAGAUUUGACUUUGAAACGUUAAGUGGUAAAACCUUUUAUAUCGUUAAGUCGCCAAACCACUAUGAAAUAUUACUUGUUUUUCAAGGGAUAGACCCGGAAGAGCUGGCGAUUGAGGAUGGACAAACACCGCCUGGAUUUUCAUUGGUUAGGCUAACGGGGAAAAAGAUGGUUUCCAAGUGGAAGUUUUGUAGUGGAAAUAGUAAUCCCAGCAAAGUUUAUAUGUCAGCAAAGAUUGUUAAGAAAAAGAUUUUUGAGCUUGUCAAACGAGUAGUGAACAGUGGAUCUCUUCGAGAAGAGCAUGAGGGAAAAAUAUGUAUCGAAGUCGACGAAUCACACGACGACGAUGCAAUUCUAAUCUCAGUCAGCGGUCGCGAUAAGGAGUCAUACGGCCUCCAUCUCAUCCCGGCCAUUCCUUGUCCAGGACGGUGGGUAUUUUCUGCGCAUGCGUGGGAAACCAAACAACCUGAUGGGCUAAGCAAAAAACUAAAACAAGAUAUACUACAGAGGGGAGUACAACUCGUUGCCAGGACCUCUCCCAGCAAAUCAUCUUACCAAUGGCAAAUCGACUUUUCAGGUCCCAUGAGAAUGUUGAUUGAACUGGACAUGGGAUGCCGGAAAACAUGUCUUCUGAUUCUUGAAAUAAUUUUGGAGGACAUGCAAUGUGGUAGAAGCGGAUGCGAUACAUUUCACCUGGAAACCCUUGCGAUACGUGUAACCCAUCAACUGCCAUUCAAGUCCUUCUGGGACGAAGGUAAACUUGCCAAACGAUUUAUGGAUAUCAUAAAAGAACUGCAACGAUGUUUGUUGGAGAAUAACCUUGAGCACAUUUUUCUUCCAAGCAUUAAUUUGCUUCGAGAUGUCGAUAAACUGGCGUUAGAAAACUGCAAAGAAGGUCUUCAGCAAAUACUGCAAGAUACUGAAAAGUAUUUCCGUCAAUUUGGACUCUUGAAGUACACUACUUCCUUGUAAGCGGAAGAAAUGAGAAGACUGGUAGUAGUGCUAGAACGUGCAGUGUCAAUAAAUCAAAACAGUACAAACAUGUGUGGCAAACGCACCAAUUCAGAUACUGCAAUGAGUCAAUCAAACAUGAUGGCGAAUCCGAUAUAGGUGGUUCCUGGCUGUGAAAAACGGCCGACUUUCCUCCUGAAUAGACCUCUAUAGCUUGUAUGUUUUGUUUUCCCAAUAGAGGUCCCAGGGGAACUUGAUCCUUUGUCUUUUCAAAAAUUAUACGUACAUAUGCAAGUAAAUAAGACGAAAUUUGAAAGAAUCAGUUCCCUAGAGUAUUAUCACAUGACCUGUAUUUGGAAAACAAAAUAUACAAGCUAAAGAGGUCUAUGAUAUAAAACAGCGCGGUUUCUUUAUUUACUGGCUAGAACUUAAGACCAAAGGAAAGAUAUUAUGUAUUUUUAGCCUGUGAACAUCACACCAAUUGACACCAAUGAGAUUGCAUGCUUGAGCCUUUUUUUUAUGGUCACGGUGGAUUUAGUAAGUAGAUAUCUGUACUGUACUGUAAUUUCGAAAUAGUAUUUGUCGGUGCAUAUGCUCCAACGUUUAUUUAGCAUAACUCGGCUUUUACUUUGCAUUUUUUACUUUGUAUUUAUCCCUGUACCUAUUGUAUCAAACUCGAUUAUUGCUUGCGUCUCCCUCAAUGAGGACAUUUAUUAGAGAGAUGAAGGCAAAUUGAACCACGUGACCAAGUUUUCCCGUAACUUUCCAUCUACUGUUUAUUUUAUCUACAAAGAAAUACUUAGUUUCAUGUCCAGUCAGUUUCAUCCACAAAAAUUAUUUUGGAUGAGUUUUUAUAAUUACCUGUUCAUCUCCUAAUUUUCAGAAAUUUUCAACUUGAAUCUCGCGUUUGACGAUUGCCGUAAACAAACGUGAUUCUUGUUCUUCGUGUUCACACUUAUUGUAAGAAUAUUUCUUAUUUGUCCUCAGCGAGACGGUAGAGAAUGUAAUUGCAGCCAGUCCAUAAGCCCUUUAUGGCGACACUGCACUUGUUUUAAAUUAUCCUACCUCUUUUGUCAAGAAAUGACUCGUGAAUUAAACAAACAUACAGAAAAAAACAGCAGCGCGGAAAGUCCACGAAAGUAAUUACAAAUUAGAGGACUGGCAGUGAAUUCAAUGCAUAAUGAAUCACGUGAUGCAUAUGUAAACGAGGUGGCUUAACACAGUUUUGCGGGCGGUCAGCGGUAACUAGCGUGACGGCGCGUGUUUUAAAGUAGACAAACAAACAUGGCGAAAAAAGCAAUGGUACACAGAAGACGAUUUGUCAAAAUCUACUCAUUAGAAUUUUGUGAAUAUUUGGCAGAAUUUUCACUUUUAUCGUAUUUUAAAUAAUGAGAACGAAUCUUUUAGGGAAAUCGAAAAAAGUUCGAGUUAUCUCGAGUUUGAAGCAAAUAACCGGAAAUAAGGAAAUAAGCAAAUGGAUGGAAAGGGAAUGCAAUUAAGCAACAAAGUAUACGGGGAUGGACACUGAAUUUGAACAGGUCAGUGACAAAAGACAAAGACGAAGAAUUGACACAGUUGUUUUGAAACAAAUGUCUCGGACUUCAGUAAACGUUUUGUUUUUUUUGACUUGUCAGGCGAUAGGGCGAGUUAUCGAGGGUAAAAUUAUAUAGAAAUGAUCUGAAGGGAAACAAAAAUUACGUCGAGUUAACGGGAGGUUCGAGUUACCGAGGGUAAAAUAACAGUAAAUGUAUGAAGGAAAUCCAGAGGAAAUCGACUUUGGUUCGAGUUAGCGAAGGUUCGAAUGUAGAGCGUUUUCACAUAACAUCACGGCGGCCAAACAACCCUGUGGGAGUUGAACUACUUUCUUAUGUACGCGGUUUUUUUGUUCCCAUAAAUUGGCUGCGUUUCUGUCCACGUGAGUGAAAACGCCCUAUAGACACCAGUUUCGGCGAAGAAGAGACGACUUCCACUGAAAAAAAUAUUUGCGGGCAGCUAAAGUGGCCACCAAACAGGGCAUGACGAGGAAAGAUCGAUCAGAGAGAUUCAAUUGGGACUGCGCUCUUCGGGUGUAAUUACGACAUAGACGAUACACCAACAGUUUCUCGUGUAUUUACAGACUCCUUUGUGCAUACAGCUAUUUCGAGAAAGGUUGUCGGAGAAAAAUGUGUACGCGACAAUCCCGAAAGGUAAUAUGGGAUAUGAUCAAUACACUGUUUCUGAAACUGUAGCUGUCGAACUUAGCUUUGUUGCUUUCCUUUGGCACUUUCAAACAUGGUCCAUGGCCUCUCGUACCAUUUUUUCAAAUUUCUUUGAAGAACAGUGAACUCAAAACCACCCACAAUACCUUUCGGGAUUGUCGCGUUCACUUUUUCCGACAACCUUCCUCGAAACAGCUGUAUCUUCCAGAAUCCCUCCAUCGUUACGGGGAAUCUGAAAACAUGUUUUUUCACGUUGUUAGUGUUUUAUUUCACACAUAGUAAGGAUACUGUGUACCAAGAAAAGAUAAAUUACUAAGUGUUUGAAAAAUGCUUUUCACACAAGAAUAAAAAUAGACGUAUGUCUCUAACGAGUUUCUGAAAACAUUGAGCUGUUUGUCGCUUUCUGAGUUGCCUCGCGCCUCGCUGCCUGUGCCGUUCUCUCCUUCAAAUUACGAUAAAAACAUUUCCGGAGUUUUAAAGUGACUUAGAUAGGAGGUUUAAUUUAACCUCGACAAGUUUCUCUUAGUCCAUCUCUGUUCAUCGCAGAUUGCAAUGAAUUUUAGGGGAAAAUGUAACGAAAUUGAGGGAAAUUCAGCUUACUAUGAGAAAAUUAAUCAAAUCACCCUUAGUCCUUCACAUCAGAGAACUAUUGAACCUUUCUUACAAAUGAUACCACAAAAAUAUUAAAAACGUGAUAGGUGCGUACUUAUUAGAUAAUAUAUCAAUAUUUAAUAACCACCCUUAAUUUCUGUUAUCUGAAUUUUAAAAUUGUUUGCAAGUGAUCAAUUAACCAAUGCCGUUAUCGUUUGGACCACAAACGCAUCAUGUUUCCAAGCUACACACUAAAUGUUUUGGCUUAUUAGCGUGUUUCUUUUUUUUCUAAUUCAAAGGAAGUAUUUUCUCCUUGGCAUCACGUCGACUGAAUCGCGUUCGCUACAAUUUCCCCAAAUCCCCUUUAUAGAGUAAAGUACAGAAACACUCGUUGUUCUUCAGAUAAUCAGUAUUUAACUACACAAACCAGAGAACAAAUUAAGGAGAAAGGUGAAUAAUUGGUGAGUGUAAAUGGAGGCGUCUAUUAUCCACGAUCCUUCACCAACUGAUUCUGAUCACUGGUUGAAUGGAUUUCUUCAACAAAAUUGUGAAGAAGCACGGAAGCGGGUUCAAGAGGAAAGAAAUAUUUGGAACUUGUCAAAUAAUGAAAAUUCAUGCGAAGAAUUGGACUUGUCGGCAAUCUUCAAUUUUACUAACGACGAUGAAUCAGGAGAAUACGAGGAUUCGUCUGGUGAAGUGGCCACAGAACCAAUGAUAGCUAACGAUGGUGUAUCGAUUUAUGACAAUGAGCGACAUAUUGCGCAAGAAAACACGCCUCAACAGUUUAAUAAUCUUGUGGAUCAAUUAGGGACGCCGUCGUCAGAAGUGAAAAUUCCAAACGAAUCUCAAUUCUCUAAUUUCAGUCCACUCCCUGAGAGAAGUAAAUCAGUCAACGAUGCUGUAUCGAUUGAUGCUGAAGACGAGCAAAUGACGCAGGACAGUGGUCGUAUGUCUUCGUCAAAUCUAGUUACGGAGAGAAGCAGCAAAGUCGAUUGGGAUUUUCAAACCGAAUUAGUGGAAGUUUCCAGUAUGGGAAUUGUGCAUGCAAAGGAACAGCUCUCACAAGCAAUAGACGAAUUCUACUUGAAUAUAGUAGAGAAGGAACGUUUAAGUUUCAGACACACGAUGAAGCAGACCGAAGAAACGGUCAACGAAGUCUUGGCAGAGGUAGAACGACUCGACAGCAGUUUCAAGUUGCGUAGAAUGAGCGCUCAUAGCUUUUAUGAGAUAAAGUCGAGGAGUGAAGUCGACAUACUUGUUGUUCUUGAAAAUGUGACCCUAAAUGACUUUGUUAUCGAGGAUUUAAAAACACCUGCCGGAUAUGCACGGUUACGUUUGACGUCAUCACCAAACAUGGCACCAUCGUCACCUGUUACGUCAUCGAGUGGUCAGAUACUUGAGUGGUGUACAGAAACACAGCCGGGCGAAUUAUAUUUUUCGCCAAAAAAGUUGUGUAAAGCAUUUGCAGCCCUAGUUUCCAAAGCAGCUGGGAGAAUUCUAAAGAAUGGAUCCAGAGUAACACGGAAGCGAGUGUCUUUUUCUGACACAGAAGCUACCGUCGCCUUCACCGUCAAUCUCAUUCCUGCCGUGGUUUGUCCACAGAACUGGCCUCUUUGUGCUUAUUGGCUUAGAAAUUGCACCAAAAAGUGGCCAGAAGUGGAAGUCAAGAACAACAUUAUUCGAGGAGGGAUGCAUCUUAUUGGCUUAGCAACAGGCAAAGAUAACGACCCUUUGUGGAAAAUAAACUUUUGCUCUGCUCGACGGCUUCUUUUUCAGUCUGAUUGUGACGGCAAACAGAAAUGUCUACGCAUUUUGAAAGUUCUUCUGGAAAGAGAUUUGUCGCGACCUAAAGGUCUUUUGCCGCUGCACCUGGAAAAUAUUAUAAUGUGGGCGAGUAGGAAGCACUGGAAAGAGGAAGAUUGGGCCGAGAACAUGAUGGCCGAAAGAUUUUUAGAGAUGAUAGUAGCUCUUCACAAAUGCUUAAACAAUCACGACUGUUACCAUUUUUUCGUUCCAACGAUUAAUCUGUUUAACGAAUUGAAACCCGAAGUUGUCAAAAUACUAGCUACGAAAGUUAAAGAUAUCUUGCAGGAUCCUUUGAAGUACCUUAAAAAUUAA